CAUUUGUAUAUAACUAGAUUGUGUACACAGGUGAUCCUGAGCAGUCAAAAACACCUGGACAAAAGUCGUGAUUACAACUUUCUCCACCCCUGGCUCGGCUCUGGUCUCCUCACCUCCACAGGAAGCAAGUGGCACUCUCGCCGGAAGCUGUUGACCCCGGCCUUCCACUUCAAGAUUCUGGAGGAUUUUGUGGAGGUUUUCAACAACCAGAGCAACAAGAUGGUGCAGAAGUUGCAGCAGAAGGCAGAUGGCAAGCCUUUUGAUAUCUUCCCAUUUGUUACGCUCUGUACCCUUGAUAUUAUCUGUGAGACUGCUAUGGGGUGUAACAUAAAUGCUCAGGAUAAUAGCGACUCAGAUUAUGUCAAGGCAGUGUACAGGAUUGGUGCACUAGUUCAGUUGCGCCAGGCACGACCUUGGCUGCAGCCUAACAUACUCUUUAGGCUCUCUGGGUACGCCAAGGAGCAUGAUGCCUGCCUCAAAAUUCUACAUAAGUACUCUUGUGACGCUAUCAGAAGCAGGCGUAGAGAGUACCUGGAGAUGAAACAGAAGAAGGAUGCAGCAUCCGACAAAGAGGAUGUAAUUGGAAAGAAGAAGCGCUUGGCAUUCUUGGACCUGUUGUUGGAGUACUCAGAGCAACAAACUGCGCUCUCUGAUAAUGACCUUCGUGAGGAGGUUGAUACAUUUAUGUUUGAAGGUCACGACACUACAGCUGCUGCUAUCAACUGGUCACUCUAUUUGAUUGGUUGUUACCCAGAGAUCCAGGUAAUGACCUCUCACUCUCUACAGUAUCUGUGUUUUGUUAAUAUUGAACUUCAACUGCCGAACUAA